AUGCUUGACAAUCUUGUUCCGGGCGCAAUAGGAAAAAGUCCAAAGUUGAUUGCCGGUGACUUCAACGUUUGGGCAUUUCAUUGGAAAGCGAAGCAAAUUCCUUAUGGAACCUACGGGAGUGACCAAGGAGAUUUAGACCGCGGGGAAUAUCCCUUCGUAGUAAGCUUGCAAUUUGCAGGCGACUAUAGAAAUCUUUGUGCUGGCACGUUACUUACGGAGUCUCUUGUUCUCAGCGCCGCCCAUUGCGUUGAGCAUAGUUUCGUCAAUAACCUAAUCGUGGUUGCAGGCAUUCGAAAUGCAGAAAAUUGGGAAGGAGGCUACCAAAAGAGCGAGGUAGCAAAAGUAGUUACACCCGGUCCAUAUCCGAAUCCUGAAAAUGUAAACGAUAUCGCCAUUCUAACCUUGAAAAAUAAGUUUCAUGAAACUCGGUUCAUUAAAUUCCUGCGAUUUCAACCGGCAGAAGUGACAGAAGGGGAUGAAGUUGCUGUCGUUGGAUGGGGCGUAAAUUCCGUAAACAAUAAAGUUCUACAGUGGCUCAAGGCUAGAGUAACAGAUCUCGAUACUUGCGGUCCAGCCCCCGUUGACGAUGACUUCUUUGUGUGUAUCCAGAGGGUUUCCCAAACAUCGCAGGCGAGACAGGGUGAUCCAGGAAGUCCGGCAUUCUUUAAGGGCAAAAAUCAAAGCGAAAUGACCAGAUUCUCAUUAAUUAUAUAUUUUCUUGUGCCGAUUGGUUUCACAGAUAAAACUCCGGACAAUCAAAAGAUAAUGAAUGGUCGCGAUGCACACCGGGGCCAAUUUCCAUUCAUGAUUUCUAUCCAAAAGUUGGGUAUGAGGAAAAGUCUUUGCGGAGGAGCCCUUAUUGCAUCGGAUUGGGUUCUGACUGCGGCUCACUGUUCAGUUGCUUUAGGUCUUAACAUGGUCCUAGUAGCUGGCACUAUUAAUAGUGUGAAAUUCGACAAAGGAUAUCAAGAACGACGAGUCAAGUCAAUUUAUUAUCCCGGCAAUAGUUCUGGCCCGGGGAUAUUGAACGAUAUUUCUCUGGUUCGCCCGAACAAGAGGUUCACCAGGACUAAAUUCAUUAAGGUCCUACCAUAUCAACGAUGCGAUGUUUCGAUAGGAGAUCGUGUCCUUAUUAUGGGAUGGGGUACCUUUAAUAAGUCAGGUGAAAUGGCAAAAAUUUUGCAGUGGGCAGAGGCUAAGACAAAUGAAUUUGACGUUUGCGGUGGAGAUGCACCCUUGCUGAACCACUCAGGAUUUGCCUGCAUCCGCGGGGAUAACAAAAAGUUGACAAUGGCAAGAAAGGGCGAUUCGGGAAGUCCUGGAAUUUAUCGUGGAAAGAUAUUUGGUGUGGUAUCGAUGGGAAUUUCGAUGUUUAGUUAUGGAAGCUUGUAUACCAAAACUUCGCCGUAUCAUGAUUGGAUCGUAAGUAUUGUACCGAGAAAUGGGAAUGGUGAAGAAAUGAGGACGUUGUACGAAGCGGUUAGCUCUUUUCUGAUAGUGUCAAGCUUUGCAUUCCCUGGAUUGCUGUAA